GCUGGAAGUACUGCUUAUACAUUUUCCUGAGGCCGACCUGUGUGCGACCUAGGUUGAGCAGGCUUAUACCGUGACAUGAGCAUCUCACUCGGCACUCCCGUAUCGCUGCUUGCGGCGGCCUCUCCGUCUCCCUCCUCGGAACCUGUGCCAGAGGAGGAAGAGUACUACUCGUCAUGGUCGCUCUUCCUCGUCUGCAUGCUCCUCAUCUUGUCGCUAUGGACGUCGUAUUACCUGCAAAUAAAGCGCAUACGCGCGAUACACGAGACGCUGGUGGCGAUUGUUGCGGGGAUGUUUGUGGGCCUGAUCGUGCGGCUGAGUCCUGGGCAUUUGAUUAAGGAGAUGCUUACGUUCCGGCAUACGCUGUUCUUCAACCUGUUACUCCCACCCAUAAUCCUGAACUCUGGUUAUGAGCUGAAACAGGAGAACUUCUUCCGGAAUUUCGGCUCAAUCCUGACAUUCGCCUUCCUCGGAACGUUCAUCUCAGCAGUAGGCGUAGGAGUGCUCGUCUACAUAUGGUCCUUCCUAGGGCUAGAAUCCCUGGAACUAGGGUUGCUGGAAUGCCUGAUCUUCGGGUCCACACUUUCUGCUACGGAUCCUGUCACCAUUCUUGCAAUUUUUAACCAGUACAAAGUCGACCCCAAACUGUACAGUGUCAUAUUCGGUGAAAGUCUGCUGAACGAUGCUGUCAGUAUCGUUAUGUACGAGACACUGACACAGUUCCACGGCUCCGAGAUAUACAUCUCAUCCCUCUUCCACGGAAUCGGGAUUUUCUUGUUCUCUUUCCUAGUGUCCAUGGCCCUUGGCGUGAUCUCCGGACUUGCGAUGUCCCUCGUCCUGAAGCACUCUUCACUGAUGCACUACCCCGGUAUCGAAACGUGCUUAGUAGCUCUAUCGGCAUAUACCUGCUAUUUCUUCUCGAACGGUCUCUCCAUGUCGGGGAUUGUCUCCCUUCUGUUCUGCGGCAUCACGCUCAAGCACUACGCGUACCACACCAUGUCGAGGCGCACGCAGCGCGCGACGAAGUACAUAUUCUCGACACUUGCACAGCUCUCUGAGAAUUUCAUAUUCGUCUACCUGGGCUUGUCUCUAUUCACCAGCGCUCCUUCUGGCGAGGCUCUCACCAGCUACUUCAAGCCGCUGUUCAUCAUCAUCACCACUGUAGCGGUCAUCUUCACCCGCUAUGCUGCUGUUUUCCCACUGUCCGAGGCGAUUAAUUUGUUCCACCGACAUGCCCGAGGACAACGGAAUGACGAGCUCCCGCAUUCGUACCAGAUGAUGCUCUUCUGGGCAGGUUUGAGAGGCGCCGUAGGCGUUGCCCUGGCCGCUGGUUUCAAAGGGGAAAACGCACAGGUCCUGAGGAUGACAGUCCUAGUCGUUGUCGUGCUCACGGUGGUCCUGUUCGGCGGAACUACGGCUAGAAUGCUGGAAGUCCUCGGCAUCAGGACUGGCGUUGAAGAUGAAGCUGCUAGCAGCGAUGAAGAUGACGAUAUGCGGUUGUUCAACAGCAGAUACGGGCCGGCGUGGCAGAGAUACUACGAUGAAGACGCUUACGGCGCGCGUACAACUGACGCGAGCUACUUCGCCUCACAGCAGCAGAGAGCGGCUGGCGCGAGCCGCAUCGGCGUACACUAUGGCAAGUCACCGCGAACUUCUCCUUUGAACAACAACGCCAUAUUCUCCGCCGCGUCUUCGUCAGACGGCUAUGAGUCGGAUUCCGGCGAAGUCUUGCCUAUGGCGACCACAACGGGUACUGGCGGGCGACUGUCGAGAACCCGGUCGGACGGCGAUGUGGGAACGCCCGUACCGGGCCAAGAGGGCAAGUGGUUCCAAGCGCUGGACGAGCGCUACCUCUUACCGCUCUUCUCCAAUGCAACGGCGAGUCGCACAUUCCAUGCUCGGCGAGCACAAAGGAAUAGCGUAGCAGGCCGCGUGGGUGCUGCCGGGUCGAGCGGCGCGGGCCUGCCGGGCACGGGCGUUCACAGCGGUGCGGCGACACCGGGGUAUAGCACCGAUGACGAAGAUGGCGUUGAGAUAGAGUUAGGGAGACCGUCGAGACCGCCUGCUCCUGGAGCAGGAGGGUCGCAAAACGCAGGGGCGGCGAAUUCCGCUAUUGUACUCACAAGGUCGCAAUGUAAGGGGCUUACCGCCCAGCAAAACUGA